AUGUACGGAGGUUUUUUGAUUGAUUCAGAGGUCGAGAAUAUAGUAUAUGAAGAUGUUUCUUCGGAAGAAGAAUGUGAUUUUGUAGAAGAUAGAUUAGAGAACACAGAUACCGAGCAAGAGGAAGACGAAGAUAUAUUAGAAGUCUGCACACCUACAGUUGACUCAUCAUCUCAAGUUGGAGCCUCGUCGUCACAAAUAGGUGAGCAUUGUUCUUUCCUAGCUCGCGAUGGGACCAGAUGGAGUAUGUGGGAAUAUCCUACAACAAAGACAAGAAAAGAGAACUUGAUUUAUCUUAAACCUGGUCCUAUUGGAGAGGCUACAAACGCGAGGUCUGUUUUUGAAUGUUGGAAUCUCUUCGUAACAGAUGACAUUUUAGAUACCAUACUCAUACAUACGAACCAACAAAUAGAAAAAGUGCAAUCGCAUUACGGAAGAGAACGUGAUGCAAGUACAACAGAUCUUCCGGAAAUAAAAGCUCUAAUCGGUUUAUUGUACCUCGCUGCGUAUAAAAAGGUUAAUCGCUGUCACGUUAACGAAAUGUGGACAAUGGACGGUACAGGAUUAGAAAUCGCAAGAACGGCCAUGUCGGAGAGACGUUUCCGCUUUUUGUUAGCAAAUCUCCGAUUUGAUGAUAAACAGACGCGAGGUGAAAGACUAAUGUUUGAUAAAUUAGCAGCAGUCCGAACUUUUUUAGAUGUAUUUACGAAUAAUUGUAUAAAAAAUUAUAAUGUAUCAGAAUUCUGUACCAUAGAUGAGAAACUGGAAGGGUUUAGAGGGCGGUGCGGAUUCCGCCAGUAUAUACCAAGUAAACCGAAUAAAUACGGUAUAAAAAUAUUCUUGCUGGUGGACAGUAAAACUUUUUAUACGCAUAAUUUAGAGGUUUACUGCGGAAAACAGCCAGAUGGACCCUUCUCGGUAUCGAAUUCUGCAGACAAUGUAGUGAAAAGAUUAACUAUGCCUAUAGUUAACAGCGGCCGUAAUAUAACUACCGAUAACUGGUUCACGAGUUUCAGUUUGGCUACAGAUUUAUUGGAAAACAGGUUAACGCUAGUUGGUACCAUAAGAAAAAAUAGAAGAGAAAUUCCUGCAGAAUUUUUAAAUUUAAAAAAUAGAAAAGUAAACAGUAGUAAGUUUGCAUUUACUAAGACGAUCACCUUGGUCUCCUAUGUGCCGAAAAAAGGAAAAAAUGUAUUGCUUUUGUCGUCAUUACAUCAUAGUGAAGAAAUUGAUCAGGAAACGGGACUGGCGGCAAAGCCAGAAAUAAUAACUUUUUAUAAUAAAACUAAAGGGGGAGUAGAUACUGUGGACCAGUUAACCGGAAAUUAUAAUUGCAUACGCAACACCAGACGAUGGCCUAUGAUCAUUUUUUACUGUAUGUUAAAUUUAGCAGGAAUUAAUUCUUAUAUUAUUCACCAAGCCAACGAAAAUACAUCCAAAUUGAAUAAUAGAAGAGAAUAUUUGAAAGAACUCUGUAUCAUUCUAAUGCGCGAACAUAUUGAUAAUAGGAAAUGUAUUUUAAAUCUUUCGAAAACUAUCAGAACGACAGCGGAAAAGAUAUUUCCGUCUGAUCCUGAAGCAGGACCUUCACAUUUGUCUGCGGAAUGUGUAGAAAAAAAAAGAAGAAGAUGUACUGAAUGUAAGUCACGGAAAGAUAGAAAAACGAAAUAUACCUGUGUAAAAUGCAAAAAGUAUCUAUGCUUGGAACAUGCAAUUCAAAUAUGUAAAGAUUGUGUUGAAUAGAAAUAAGAAACCACCAUUUCAACUAACAAUAAAUAUAUGUUAUAUAUUUGUUGUUAGCUACAAUUUUUUCUUAUUCUGAGUGCAAUUUUUUUCUUAUUCUGAGUUAUAUGUUAGCAUAUUAUGUUUAGAAUGUUUACAAAUAUUAUAUAAAGACAAAAAUAAAAAGUUUUUUUGUAGCUUUCUAAUUAAAUUUUGUUUUAUAGUUUUAUUUGUGUGUUUCGUUUUAAUUUUUUAAUAUAAAAUCCUUUAGCUAGAA